AUGGACUCCUUUAAAGGUGGAAUGAAUUUGGAGAGACUGCCCGAGAGCUUGAGACCCCAACCCUCCCAUGACAUGGCUUCCAGCUUCCAUUUGCAAAGAUCCUCGGAACCCAGAGACCCGAUCGACAACUCAGCCAGUGAAUCCUCCGACACGGAGGUGCCAGAAAAGGAGCGCAGUGGCGAGCAGAAAAACGAGGACGGAGCCGUAGACGACCCGGCAAAGAAGAAGAAGCAACGGCGGCAGCGGACUCACUUCACCAGCCAGCAGCUACAGGAGCUGGAGGCCACUUUCCAGCGGAACCGUUACCCAGACAUGAGCAUGCGGGAGGAGAUCGCCGUAUGGACCAACCUCACCGAGCCUAGAGUCCGGGUCUGGUUCAAGAACCGCCGAGCCAAGUGGAGAAAGCGAGAGCGGAACCAGCAGAUGGACCUGUGCAAGAACGGGUACGUGCCGCAGUUCAGCGGGCUGAUGCAGCCCUACGACGAGAUGUACGCGGGCUACCCCUACAACAACUGGGCCACCAAAAGCCUAACCCCGGCGCCGCUUUCUACCAAGAGCUUCACCUUCUUCAACUCCAUGAGUCCCCUCUCCUCGCAGUCCAUGUUCUCGGCGCCCAGCAGCAUCUCCUCCAUGAACAUGCCCUCCAGUAUGGGCCACUCGGCCGUGCCGGGCAUGGCCAACUCCGGCCUCAACAACAUCAACAAUAUCAGCGGCUCCUCGCUCAACUCGGCCAUGUCCUCGCCGGCCUGUCCCUACGGGCCACCGGGCUCGCCCUACAGCGUCUACCGGGACACUUGCAACUCCAGCUUAGCCAGCCUCAGACUGAAAUCAAAGCAGCACUCCAGUUUCGGCUACAGCAGUUUGCAAAGCCCCGGCUCUAGUCUAAACGCCUGUCAGUACAACAGUUGA